AUGGCUGGGAUUUUCUAUUUCGUCCUCUUUUCGUUUCUCUUUGGGAUUUGCGACGCUGUCACCGGUUCCAGAGUGUACCCCGCGAAUGAAGUUACUUUAUUGGAUUCCAGAUCUGUUCAGGGAGAACUUGGGUGGAUAGCAAGCCCUCUGGAAGGAGGGUGGGAGGAAGUGAGUAUUAUGGAUGAAAAAAAUACACCAAUCCGAACCUACCAAGUGUGCAACGUGAUGGAGCCCAGCCAGAAUAACUGGCUGCGAACUGACUGGAUCACCAGAGAAGGAGCUCAGAGGGUGUACAUAGAGAUCAAGUUCACCCUGAGAGACUGCAAUAGUCUUCCAGGCGUCAUGGGCACCUGCAAGGAGACCUUUAACCUGUACUACUAUGAAUCGGACAACGACAAGGAGCGUUUCAUCCGGGAGAGCCAGUUUGCCAAAAUUGACACCAUCGCGGCUGAUGAGAGCUUCACCCAAGUGGACAUUGGCGACAGAAUCAUGAAGCUGAACACCGAGGUCCGGGAUGUGGGCCCGUUGAGCAAGAAAGGGUUUUACCUGGCUUUUCAGGAUGUGGGGGCCUGCAUCGCCCUGGUGUCUGUCCGCGUGUUCUAUAAAAAGUGUCCGCUUACAGUUCGCAAUCUGGCCCAGUUUCCAGACACCAUCACAGGGGCUGAUACAUCUUCCCUGGUGGAAGUUCGAGGCUCUUGUGUCAACAACUCAGAAGAGAAGGAUGUGCCAAAAAUGUACUGUGGGGCAGAUGGCGAAUGGCUGGUACCCAUUGGCAACUGCCUGUGCAACGCUGGGCAUGAAGAGCGGAGUGGAGAAUGCCAAGCUUGCAAAAUUGGAUAUUACAAGGCUCUCUCCACGGAUGCCACCUGUGCCAAGUGCCCACCCCACAGCUACUCUGUCUGGGAAGGAGCCACCUCGUGCACCUGUGACCGAGGCUUUUUCAGGGCUGACAAUGAUGCGGCCUCCAUGCCCUGCACCCGCCCGCCAUCUGCUCCUCUCAACUUGAUUUCAAAUGUCAACGAGACAUCAGUGAACUUGGAAUGGAGCAGUCCUCAGAACACAGGUGGUCGUCAGGACAUUUCCUACAACGUGGUGCUCACAAACUGUGUGUCUAGUGGACGAGUCAGCAUCGGGGAAGGGCCUUACCUCUGCAAGGUUGCAGACUGUACGCCAGGUGUCCUCAAACUCUGGCCUGCAGGCCACAUGCAGCCCGCCGAGGACAUUUAUCUGGCCCGCUGGGUGUUUUUGCCGCUGCUGCCUGUCCUGCUUAGCAGCCGACUCAUCCCGGGGCCUGCAGUCUGGCCCUCCAAUGCACCAUCAUCCAUUGCUUUGGUCCAGGCUAAAGAAGUGACAAGAUACAGUGUGGCCCUGGCUUGGUUGGAACCAGAUCGGCCCAAUGGGGUAAUCUUGGAGUAUGAAGUGAAGUAUUAUGAAAAGGAUCAGAAUGAGCGAAGCUAUCGCAUAGUUCGGACAGCUGCCAGGAACACGGAUAUCAAAGGCCUAAACCCUCUGACUUCCUACGUUUUCCAUGUGCGAGCCAGGACAGCAGCUGGCUACGGGGACUUCAGCGAGCCCUUGGAGGUCACAACUAACACAGUGCCUUCCCGGAUCAUCGGAGAUGGGGCCAACUCCACAGUCCUUCUGGUUUCUGUCUCAGGCAGCGUGGUGCUGGUGGUCAUUCUCAUAGCAGCAUUUGUCAUCAGCCGGAGACGGAGUAAAUACAGUAAAGCAAAACAGGAAGCGGAUGAAGAGAAACAUUUGAAUCAAGGCGUUAGAACUUACGUGGAUCCUUUUACAUAUGAAGAUCCCAACCAAGCAGUCCGAGAAUUUGCCAAAGAAAUUGAUGCAUCCUGCAUUAAGAUCGAAAAAGUUAUAGGAGUUGGUGAAUUUGGUGAAGUGUGCAGUGGGCGUCUCAAAGUGCCUGGCAAGAGAGAGAUCUGUGUGGCCAUCAAGACUCUGAAAGCUGGUUAUACAGACAAACAGAGGAGGGACUUCCUGAGUGAAGCCAGCAUCAUGGGACAGUUUGAUCACCCAAACAUCAUUCACUUGGAAGGUGUCGUCACAAAAUGUAAACCAGUAAUGAUCAUAACAGAGUACAUGGAGAAUGGCUCCUUGGAUGCCUUCCUAAGGAAGAAUGAUGGUAGGUUUACAGUCAUUCAGCUGGUGGGCAUGCUUCGUGGCAUUGGGUCCGGAAUGAAGUAUUUAUCUGAUAUGAGCUACGUGCAUCGUGAUCUGGCCGCAAGGAACAUCCUGGUAAAUAGCAACUUGGUCUGCAAAGUGUCUGAUUUUGGCAUGUCCCGAGUGCUCGAGGACGAUCCAGAAGCAGCUUAUACAACCAGGGGUGGCAAGAUUCCUAUCCGGUGGACUGCGCCAGAAGCAAUUGCCUAUCGUAAAUUCACAUCAGCAAGUGAUGUAUGGAGCUAUGGAAUCGUUAUGUGGGAAGUGAUGUCGUACGGAGAGAGACCCUAUUGGGAUAUGUCCAAUCAAGACGUGAUUAAAGCCAUUGAGGAAGGCUAUCGGCUACCCCCGCCAAUGGACUGCCCCAUUGCACUCCACCAGCUGAUGCUGGACUGCUGGCAGAAGGAGAGGAGCGACAGGCCCAAGUUCGGGCAGAUUGUCAACAUGUUGGACAAACUCAUCCGCAACCCCAACAGCUUGAAGAGGACGGGGACGGAGAGCUCCAGGCCUAACACUGCCCUGCUGGAUCCAAGCUCCCCUGAAUUCUCUGCAGUGGUCUCAGUGGGCGACUGGCUCCAGGCCAUUAAAAUGGACCGAUAUAAGGAUAACUUCACAGCUGCUGGUUAUACCACACUAGAGGCUGUGGUGCACGUGAACCAGGAUGACCUGGCAAGGAUCGGCAUCACGGCCAUCACGCACCAGAAUAAGAUUUUGAGCAGCGUCCAGGCCAUGCGGACCCAAAUGCAGCAGCUGCACGGCAGAAUGGUUCCUGUCUGAGCCAGUACUGAAUAAACUCUAAACUCUUGAAAUUAGUUUACCUCAUCCAUGCACUUUAAUUGAAGAACUGCACUUUUUUUACUUCGUCUUCACCCUCUGAAAUUAAAGGAAAAAAAAAAUC